UUGUGCACAAUACGCAGGCGCGGAAGUGUUGCGUGUUUUGCCGUGGACUGUGCCCAUGUGGGUAAGUUUUACAGUACUAAAUAGAGCAGAGAACUGCGAAAAUGGGCAAAAAAAGUAAAAAAGACAAGAAAGUGAAAGGAGCGGAGAAGACAGCUGCCAAAAUGGAGAAAAAAGUUUCCAAAAGGUCCAAGAGAGAAGAGGAGGAUUUAGAGGCACUGAUCGCCGAGUUUCAGUCUUUGGACGCAAAGAAGACACAGGUGGUGGAAACCGCGUGCACGCCCCCUUCCGCUAGGUUAAACGCAACACUCUCGGCUCACCCAGAAAAGGAUGAACUGAUCCUUUUUGGAGGAGAAUAUUUUAACGGGAAAAAGACAUACCUGUACAACGACCUGUUCUUCUACAAUAUCAAGAAAAACACCUGGGUGAAGUCGGACAUCCCCAACCCCCCUCCACGACGUUGUGCUCACCAGGCAGUGGUGGUUCCUCAGGGCGGAGGACAGCUGUGGGUGUUUGGAGGGGAGUUUGCCUCACCUGAUGGCGAGCAGUUCUAUCACUACAAAGAUCUGUGGGUUCUUCACCUCAGUACUCUCACUUGGGAACAGAUCAGGGUGUCUGGCGCCCCCUCUGGCCGCAGCGGGCAUCGUAUGGUCCUGUGCAAGAGACAGCUGAUGGUUUUCGGAGGCUUCCACGAGAGUGCUAGGGAUUACGUCUACUACAACGACGUCCACGCCUUCAACCUGGACACCUUCACCUGGAGCCGUCUGGCUGCGUCCGGCUCCGCCCCCUGCCCCCGCUCCGCCUGCCAGAUGACCCCGGUGCCCGACGGCAGCGGCGUUCUCAUCUACGGAGGCUACUCCAAAGUGAAAGCAAAGAAGGAUGUGGACAAAGGCACAAUCCAUUCCGACAUGUGCUUACUGAAACGAGAAGGCAAAGAUGAACAGGCGAAGUGGGUGUGGUCGCGGGUUAGCCCCUCGGGGGUGAAGCCCACCCCGCGGUCGGGCUUCUCCCUGGCGGUGGGGCCGGGGGGCCGCGCCCUGCUCUUCGGCGGGGUGUGCGACGAGGAAGACGAGGAGACUCUGGAGGGAGACUUCUUCAACGACCUCUACCUUUAUGACACGACCAAGAACCGCUGGUUCCCUGCCCAGCUGAAGGGUCACAGGUCAGGUAAAAAAAAACGACGCAGGGGCGUCAAAGGGGAGGGGGGUGCAGAAGGGGCGGGGCAGGAGGAGGGGCCGGCGCAAGAGGAGGGUCCGGUGGAGAUCGUGAAGGAGAUCGUGGCGGAGGACGGGACGGUGAUGACCAUCAAGGAAGUCAUCCCCGGAACGGCGAAGGAGGAGAGCGAGGAGGAGGAGGAGGAGGAGGAUGAGGAUGAGGAGCCCGGGGAAGAGGGCGCGGCUGCGGCAGCGCUGGUGGAGCCCUGCCCUCGCUCCAACGCCAUGGCCACUGUGAAGAACGGAAAGCUGUACUUAUACGGGGGGAUGUUUGAGGUGGGGGACCGGCAGGUCACGCUCAACGACCUGUAUGCCCUCGACUUGCACAAGAUGGACCUGUGGGAGGUGCUGGUGGAGAUGGACCCAAAGUCCCAGGAGUGGCUGGAGGAGUCCGAAUCGGAGGAGGAAGAGGAGGAAGGGGAGGACGAGAAGGCUGCCGGGGGCGGCGACGGGGAGUCUGAGGAAGACGGCGACGAUACCGAAGACGACGAAGAUGAAGCCGAACACCCCCCUGUGAAGCCAGGCGAGAAUCUGGCGGACUUUCAAAGCCGGACUGAGCAGUACUGGGUCAGCCUGGCUCGGGCCAACAUGGGCCCAGACGCCAAGGAUAAGAAAGUCGCUAAAGUGGGCUCAGCCAUGGCCAAGGUGUUCUACGAGGAACAGGCGUGAGGCUGCCCUCUCCCAGUGCCCAGAGAUGGGGAGUGUGUGUGUGUGUGCGUGCGUGCCUGCGUGCGUGUGUGCUCGCGUGUGUGUGUGUGUGGGUGUGUGAGAGUGUGUGUGCGCGCGCGUGUGUGUAUGUGUGGGUGUGUGAGAGUGUGUGUGCGCGCGCGCGUGUGUGUAUGUGUGGGUGUGUGAGAGUGUGGGUGCUCAAGUGCCAUCGGUUUUUCCAGUUGAAAUCUGUCUCUUGCAAGACUGUCCUGUGUGGAGGCCGAGCGGAAAUCAGUAGUGGUGGUGUUCAGAUGAGCAGAAGAUC